AUGCCGCCUAACUGCAUUUGGGCUGUCCGUGGAGGUAGCUCCACGCUCUCAUGCGGGGAGAAGCAUUCCAUGCGCAUGACCGCUGUCCUAACUGCCCGGGCAGAUGGUAUCAAGCUUCCUAUCAUGUUUAUCAUAAGGGGUCAACCAGGCGGUCGUAUUGAGUCGUCUGAAAUACCUACCUUUCCUGCCGGGCACUUCAACGCGGACCAAGGCAGCGUGGAUGGAUGUCCGCGUGUGGAAACAUUGACAACUUUGAGUCACACGUUUCGGAAGAGUCAAUCAAGAUCGUCAAUGAAGAUCUGGGAUCGCACCUCUGUGCACUACCACCAAACACGACGUCAGUCUGCCAGCCGUUGGACGUUGGACGUUGGCGCCAUGGCUCCUUUCAAGCGGCACCUACGUGAGUUGUGGCUGUUUGAGGAGAUGAUUGAAGGUGACGAGGAGGAUCCAUAUUCACUGACCGCGCAGCAGAAGAGGAUGGCGAUGGUCAAACGAGCAAUUGCCGCGUGGAAUAUGGUGUUGGCUGACGCCGUCCGCGGCGGUUUUGAGAAGCCACUUGCUUCAACGAAUGAAGAAUAA